GGCUUCCGGCUGCCGCAUCCCGUUUCGCCGUGCUGCCGCUGCUCUCCUCAGCACCGCGGAACGCCGCCAUGUCCUUGCUGUGCUACAACCGGGGCUGCGGCCAGCGCUUCGACCCCGAGACCAACACGGAGGAUUCAUGCACAUACCAUCCAGGUGUGCCAGUCUUUCAUGAUGCUCUCAAAGGUUGGUCGUGCUGUAAGAGAAGAACAACAGACUUCUCUGACUUCUUAAGCAUUGUGGGCUGUACGAAGGGUCUCCAUAAUAGUGAGAAACCUCCUGAGCCUGUUAAACCAGAUGUCAAAAGUACCACUGAGCGAAAAGAGCUAGCUGAACUGAAACCCAAAUUUCAGGAACACAUCAUUCAAGCACCAAAACCACUGGAAACUAUUAAAAGACCAAGCCCAGAUGAGCCAAUGACAAAUUUGCAACUGAAAGUGUCAGCUUCCUUGAAGCAAGCACUGGAUAAACUGAAACUCUCAUCAGAAAACGAAGAGAAAAAAGAGGAGGACAGUGAUGAAAUCAAGAUAGGGACGCCAUGUAAAAAUGCAGGCUGUUCAAAAACAUACCAAGGACCACACAGCACUGAAGAAGUAUGUCAGUACCAUUCUGGUGUGCCUAUAUUUCAUGAGGGGAUGAAGUACUGGAGCUGCUGUAAAAGGAAAACAUCUGACUUCAAUACGUUUUUAGCCCAAGAGGGCUGCACAACGGGAACACAUGUAUGGACUAAAAAGGAUGCGGGAAAGAAAGUAGUUCCAUGCAGGCAUGAUUGGCAUCAGACUGGAGGAGAAGUGACUGUUUCUAUAUAUGCUAAGAACUCUGUUCCUGAUCUGAGCUAUGUAGAAGCAAAUAGCACUAUGUUAAAUAUCCAUAUUGUAUUUGAAGGAGAAAAGGAGUUUCAUCGCAAUGUGAAAUUAUGGGGAGUAAUUGAUGUAAAGAGGAGUUACGUGAACAUGACGGCUACAAAGAUUGAGGUUUCUAUGCGAAAAGCAGAGCCUCUAUUAUGGGCCAGUCUUGAAUUACCGGUAUCCAAUACCCAACAAACAAAUGAGAAUUCAGAUCAAUAAUAAUUCCAAGAGACGAGAUUUCCUAUUGUGAAGUGGUGACUUGCUACUGUAAUCAAGUAUUUAAUUUUUAUAUAGUUUUUUUUAAUGUUAGAUCUUGUUCCAUUCUACAACAAAGUUUUAAUGCACAGCGAAUGGAAGUGUCAACUUCAAGAGUAAUAGCUAUUUCUUCCGCUCUUGCUCCCAUGAAAAUAUUUAUUAUAGUUGGAGUGUCUCCAUGAGGAUUUAAAAUAAGAGCUAUUGCCUUCUGCUUACAACCUUAUCUACUAUGCACUGACCAUGCAAGCAGAUGUGCUGUCAGUCUGCAGUGUAUGUUAAUUUUCCAAGUGCUGUGUUUAGACUGGGUCUCUUUGGUAGUACACGUUAGAAGUCUUCAUUAUGAAGCACACAGUUUUAAAGGGAAAAAAAGCCUGACUUUUUGAAGUGAUGAACAUGCAAUUCCACAUGUAAAUUAAAAAUACACAUGAAAGUAAAUGUUAAAAAGCACUUGUAGACUUCUGUUUUUGUCCACUGGAACUAAUGUUUGUUUCAAUACCUGUUGGCUGUAAAGGGAUGGAAUAAAAGUAUUUUGAUAAGAGUUUCAGUACUUCCUGACUCUUGCUGUCUUUCAAGCAUAAACACAAGAGAUCAAAUUAAAAUAAAAACAAAGGUGGCAAGAGAAGAUAUUUCUUACUCUUGUACCAUUGCUGUUUGAUUUGUUAAAUGUCAAAGUCGGGGUGGUAAAAUGAAUAACAAUACCUCAACUUUGGAAAACAUACAAACUGUAAAAUGUUAUAAAACUGCCAAACUACUGUAUGUAUUUCACAGCAUCUUUAGAAUUUGUGCUCUGUCCUAUCCCACAACGUUCAACAUCUUGAAUAUUUUCAGUGUGAAUGUCUAUAGUAGGAGAGGGCAGUACACAAUGCAGGUGUCUCAGGAAAAUUAUUUUGAUAGAGAUACCCAUUCUCUUGUUCCUGAGGAUAGUGAUGUGAGAACUAAAUUUACCGAGCAAGUUUUAGGAGAAACAAACAACAAACAUUAAAAUGUCUGUCUCAAAUAAUAAGUGUACCAUGGAAAUAAAAUAUUUUAAAAGUACCUUUUCUUUUGAAGAAGCAUAAGCAAAACUAAGAAAUCCAGACCUUAGAUUUGUUUCCAGUUCUGCAGCAUUUAGGAUAUGUGGCUGAAAGCAGGGUAGUUCUACAGAUGAGGCUUUGACCUAAGCAAAAACUCAUGCACUAAUGUUGCUUUCUCUUUCUGCUUGCAAAAGCAAUUUUGGGUUGCAGUUGAAAGAGGAAAAAAGAAAUGUUUUUAUGUGUAAGUUAAGCAAAAUAUAUAACAUUAUUGUGCUAAAACUUAAGCAGCUCUAUUGACCACAAAAUGUGCUGAUGCUCAUCUGCCUCCCUUUGAUAGACCUGAUAUCCAAGAGAAAUGGAGAAUGCAGGAAAAGCAUUCAGAAAUUAAGUAGGGAUUUCUAAGACUCCUACUGUUUUCCAGCAGGUAUAAUUUGAGGUGAGUCCAGAGUUCUGCCUCUAGCAGUAUUUAAAUCCCUGAAGUAGUAGCAAACACUUUACCUAAUAAACUGCCCCUCACACCAAUGUUAAAAUGUGUUUUGAUGCUUCUUUACCCGUUUCCUCAUCGACUUAGAGGAACUGUGGUUGCUUGGCCCUAAUUAAAAGUUCUAGCUCAAAAUUUUACAUGACAGAUUAAACUGAAUUCGAAUAAUGCCUUUUUCAAAAUUAUUUUUGUUUAAGGGUCUGAUGCUGUGAAGUGGUAUAGUACAAGCUUAUGGAAGCAUAGGCCUGCAAGUGGGCCUCUAAAAAUUGUUCCAGUGUUCCCCCGUGUGUUCUGAGCCAACAGUUGGAGCUCUUAUUAGUCCAGUGCUAAGAAAAACGACUUAAGUGGAUGAAUAAUUCUAAACAGCUCUAGCUAUCAGCAUGCCAUCUAUGUUCUUGCAUGCAGAAGUCUGAACUUGGGCAAUAUUUAAACAUCAGGAUAAAAUUCUUAUUAAAUAAGCUGGUUAAAAUGUCUGUCUACACGUGUGGCUAUAUAAAUGCUGUAAAUGUAUCAUCUUUUCUGCAUUUUAUAAUUGCAGCAUCAUAUGCUGUGAGUUACACUGUAAAAAUCCUUUUUAAAGGACUACAAGGGAAAGUGAAUUUCAUCAGGAAAAAAAUCUCUUUUUAAGCAAUUCACAUGGCCUGAGUGCAUUUAACCCUUAACUUGUGAAAAUCUGAGUGAAUGGACUUCCUGCUUUUAAUGCUGUAGCUUUUGAGACCCUGUAACUACUUGUCUCUUUGAAACUAGAUUCUGCUGGGAGCUGGAUCAGCUUGGUAGUGAAUGGAUGAAAGCUCCUACAGACAUGGUCUUCAGUUGUGCUUUAGUAUUUUCUCUGAUUCCUUCCACUUUUUCUCUGUUGUUCAUACUCAUCAGAGAACUCUACAAAUGCUUCAGGAAUUGCAUAAUGAUUUUUUUUCACAUCAGUGAUGAUGUAAACACUUUUAAAUAGCACCUGUUUAAGAAAACAAGCAAACAAAAAAUCCCAGCUUAGAUGAGGCAAGAAGGUCUAGGUUUUACCAAUAACAGCCCAAUUCUCCAUGGCUGAUGGCAUUCAAAAUAGGAGGACAGUAUGGAUUGUGCUAAGUAUCUUAAUCACAUUCUUUGCAACUUUUUAAAUUCUUUUGGGUUUAGCCAUUAUCAAGGUACAGAAACUUGCUGAAUUUACUUGCUGAAUCUGAGUGCUUUGAGCAGAUUAUUGUUGCUCGGAACGAUCUUUAGCACACUGAUGUCUGACAUCUUCACAUGGCUACUGAGAGCUGACACUUCAGUGGUAUGUGGGUUUGAUUGUGACUUUUAUUAGUAAAUGAGGGGGAAAAAAAAGGUGUAGUAUACCAAAUGAAUCAAUACUUCUCCAAAGCAAGAUUUGGUAGCUAAGCUGAACAUUUUUUGCUCUACCUUGUUUAAUAAUGGUGAAAUUCAGUAGUGCAAACAAAUAUAUACUGGGUUAAAUGCAGUUUAAUUUAUCCUCUUUUCCAUGUUCUUGGUCACUGUGCUGUAUUGAACAAGUUGGUUAAGGGUCUAACUAUAAUUUUAUAAUUUGUAAGACUUCAAACCCGUACCGUAGCACUCUGUACCUUAUAUAACACAGUGUUACGUGUCUCAGAUAUAACUGUCCAGGUGCAUGUAAAGCAUCUUCUUCAUAAUGUGUUUUUAAUAAGAAAAGCAGUAUGUGUAUGUACCAAUUUGUGACAAAUUCUAAUCUUUCCCUUCAUGUUCAGGCCCAUUUUCCUAACUACUGUUACUCUGUGUAUCUAGAACAGAACAUUCCUUGGAUGUAUUUUACUUUUAAUGCUAGCACUGUUAAGCACUGGGCUGUUCAGCUGCUCUGACGUUUUACAUGGCACUGAUGUAACUUCACAAAAAACCUUCCAUCUGAUGAUCUUCUGGAGCACUUGCACUAUCAAGUCACCAUUUCAGUAAUUUAGGGACUAGUUCUAUUUUGAAUAGAAUUUUGCCUUGAGAAAAACAGCUACUUACUCUAUGUAACAAUGCAUUUUUUGCUUGCAUUCUUUAAAAAUGGCAUGAUUAUUGGUUAAAUACUGUACCCGUUGAUCAAUGGUUUUUCCCUAUUGCUACUGUUUUUGUUGGUUUUUUUUUUUUUUUUUUUUUGUCUCUGUUCAGGAAAGAGAGAGAUCCUAUUUAAAGUAAUGAGUUACGUGUCUGGAACACUGUUUGAAGGCGCUGAUAAUUUUGUCGUUAUAAAUAAGAGUCUUGAAUUACGGUUGGGGGAGGGUAGAAAACGUCCUUUUGCAUGGUUAUUUGAUUCUGCACAUUCAUAAAACUUUAAUGCAGAAAUUAAUCUCAUGUCUUCAUUUUCUUCUUUUUUUUUUUUCCUAAAUUUAUUCAAUAAAAUUCUUAUUACAUGCUGGUUAAA